AUGGUUGCCAUCGCUGGUGCGAUUGCACUUUUCGUCCAGAUGGGUCAGGCUCUACCGAAAGGAGGACCGGCCGGUCUCUUCAAUGCCUUCCUAAUAUGGGGAAUUAUCAUGUGGGCAGUGAAUGAAUGCUUCGCCGAGAUGGUGACAUAUUUACCCAUUCCAUCUCCCUUCGUCCGCUUUGGCAGUGAGUGGGUUGACGACGCGUUGGGUUUCGCGAUGGCGUGGAACUUUUUUCUGAAUGAGGCAUUCCUCGUACCUUUCGAAAUUGUCGCCAUGAAUGUCAUGACUACCUUCUGGACAGACAAGGUACCGGUUGAGGCUAUCAUUGUCGUGAUGAUUGUUCUUUACGCACUCUUUAACAUGAUCAGUAUCCGUUGCAUGACCGUUACGGGUUCCGAUACUGGUGCAUUUGUGGAACAUCUUGCCUCUGGGGAAACGGGCAGGUUUCUUGGUAUUUUAUCGUGUCUCUACCAAGCCAGCUUCUCCAUCUGUGGCCCGGAGUAUAUAUCUAUAGUGGCUGCCGAAGCUGAAAAUCCUCGGAAGGUUUUACCACCAGCAAUUCGAUCAGUUGUCUGGCGUAUGCUUGUCUUCUUUGUUGGUUCAGCUCUUUGCAUGGGAAUUGUGAUUCCAUACAACGGCCCAACGCUCGCACUCAUCCUCGGCGGAGACGUGUCUGGUUCAGGGACAGGUGCCGCAUCACCGUACGUUAUCUCCAUGGAGCGUCUCAAAAUUUUUGGUCUUCCACACCUGGUGAACGCUCUCAUCAUGACAUCCAUUUUUAGCGCGGGAAAUGGUCUUCUUUUCACAUCGACCCGCACUCUAUAUGGGAUGUCCCUCACAGGCCAUGCACCUCCGUUCUUCUCAACAUGUACCAAAGGAGGUGUACCUAUCUUCGCCCUCAUUUUCACGUUAUCUUUCUGCCUCCUUGCUUUCUUGCAGGUCAACAGUUCCUCGGCUGAGGUCAUGACCUAUCUGGUUGACCUGGUUACAUGUUGCCAACUGAUGAACUACGGCUUCACCGCGCUGACAUACCGCCACUUUUUCUCUGCUUUGUCAAAACAAGGAAUCUCGCGAGACACUCUGCCAUACAAGGGAAGGUUCCAACCAUACACAUCCUAUUUAGCUAUGGGCGGUACAUCAUUCAUGAUCUUGGCAGGAGGCUAUGACCUCUUUUUGGAAGGGGGCUGGUCUGUGAUGUGGUUUUUCCUGGACUAUGGCAUGAUCGGGUUCUUUAUCGUUGCAUUUCUUGGCUGGAAGCUUGUUUUUAGAACAAAGUAUGUUCGACCUGAGACUGCCGAUUUGAGUCUGGGUGGGCUCAAGGAGGAGAUUGAUAACUACGAUACAAUCUAUGGUACUGAUCUACCAAGGAAAUCGGGAUUCUUGAACAGGUUCUUUAAUUAG